GGGGGGGGAGAAGGGGUAUCUCCGAUUCUUGAACGAAGCAGGACGGCCGCCAACAAGAAGCGACGAUUGGUUGCGUCCCGCAUCCGCUUUCAUCUUGCUCCCGAUUCUAUGCUGCGGUGCUGCUGUGCAACCAGCAUUCUGAGAGCGCUCUCACUUUGUUGAUUUCCCUUCUCAGACCCAUAGCGGCGUCGGGGAGGUGAUGCAUUCCCAGGGCUCGGCAGCUUUCGAGGCCAUGGAUCACUUUAACGCGACAAUUAAGGGGGGGAAGUUGAUCAAGACUAGGAGAGGACUGCAGGUUUCGAGGCAGAGAUACAAUGGGCUAUCGUUUGUUAACGCAUCUCCACAAGAAAACGCCAGCGACUCGGGUCCACCAGGAGCGACAUCGGUGCCAGCUUCGGCCCAGCACGAGAUCAGGUUCGUUGAAGACGGCAGCGAAUCUCAGAGCGAAGGAGGUUCACAGAGAGAUGUCGAACACCCGGGUUCCUCUGCGGCGGGACAGUUGACGAAACGACGGCGGAGGGUUACCCGGAGGGGCAAAUCGCCGGCGGCGUCCAGGGCAGGGGCAUCCUUCCGAUCUUCUCCUGCGCCAUUCGAGGAGCGGGACUCUCGGGUUGAAGACCGGGAAGCAUAUGGGGGCAAACUGCGGAUCAGCCUGGUCACUGACAGCGCAGCCGCAGGAGCGUCAGGAGGCACCGCGUCAGACCCGGAGUCUGCGUUCUCUGACCAUGACCGGGCACUGCUUGAGCGUUACCUUGACCUCAACCCGAGCAUCAUGUAUCCGUACGAGGACGUUUUGGCUCACAAUCCCGCCAGGGAAUCCGACUUCCGUGCCAUGGUCGUAGGGGACAGAGCUGCUCUGCACUGCGCGCUCAUGUGCGGGAGCAUUGCGAGAGCCAUCAGCACCAAGACGGAACCCAGGGAUCUCGCUCACCACAUCUCCAAGAUCUGCGCCAUUCUGAACCAGAAGCUGAGCCAACCGCACGCUGUCGACGCCGUGACUCUGCACUGCAUCACAACCCUGGCUUGUGUCGGGGUAUGUACGGUUUCCAGCCCCGGAUCGCGAGAGCGCGGUAGGAAUGAAUGGCUGACACCCCGUCUACCAGUGCUAUGUUGGCCGACUGGACCACUGGCAGUUGCAUAUGCGUGGACUUCGGAAGAUUCUCGACCUCAACGGAGGGCCGGCCGGGCUGCCUCAGUGGCUAGUUGCAGAAAUGCACAAGUGAGAGGGGGACUUUCUUGGAUUGCUUGUCGUCGUUGUUGACCGAGCGGCGUCAACAUCUGACACGGUCGACAGAGCAGAUCUCAGGGGCGCAGCAGCCCUGGUCUCGAGCCCCCAUCUCGCGUUCGAUCGGAAAUACAGCCCCAUCUUCUCGGGCGACCUCCUCUCCGAAGUACACGAACGAGCCUCGGCCUCGCUUUCGGUCCUCUUUAACCCGCUCGGCAUCCACCCCGAAGUCAUCGACGCUCUGGCCUCCCUGGCGACCCUCGCCUCGGCGGUCCGCCUAGCCCGCCAAUCCGCUGGCGCCGUCGCUUUCGACCCCCACGCGUUCACGGAGGAAUGGCAAGCCAUCACCUACGCUCU